AUGUCCUCCCCCGAACCACCACCAGACUCAAUCCACGACGUAAUAAUCAUCGGCGCAGGACCCUGCGGCCUCGCCGUCGCCGCCCGCCUAAGCGAAGAAACCCCCUCAGCAGUCUUCACAGACGAAGAACACCAACGCUACCACUGGAUCAAGAAACACAGCGGGCGAAUGAAUCUCGUCCAGGCCCGCCACAGCAAGAUCAACGGCGUACGCGCAGCAAAAUGGGACUCCGAGCACGGUUGUCCCUGUCACCAAAAGAAGGAUCGACGAGCCUCAACGGACUCGUCAUCAUCAGUCCCGUCUCUGUCAUCGGCAUCAUCUACAUCAUCGAUUAGGACUUCGUCGUCUCUUUCGACGCUUGUCCUGGAUGGCUCGGGCAAUAAAUGGAUGCAGAGGUGGGACAAUGCGUUCCGCACGCUGGAAAUCAAGCAGCUUCGCAGCCCGAUGUUCUUCCAUGUUGACCCCGGGGAUCGGGAUGGGAUGCUGGCUUAUACGAAUGAGACGGGACGGGAUGAGGAUUUGUGGGAGAUUUCGGGGUGUGUUGGGAAGGAGAUGAGCAAGCAUAAGAAGAAGAAGAGGAGGCAGAUGGGGAAGGUUCAGACUAUCGGAUCAGAGAUCGACGAACGAGAUCGAAAAGACUACUUCUCACCCUCUACAGAGCUCUUUUCCGAUUAUUGUUCCUCGAUCAUCCAGCGGUAUGCCUUGGAUGAACCGGGACAGAUAUUGAAGCGUGAAGCCACGCAUCUUUCCUACGAUUAUCUCUCUGCUAGCUCCGACUCGAAGGUGUUUACGAUCGUCACUUCCAGUGGAGAGAAGUUCUAUAGUCGGGCUGUUGUCCUGGCUGUCGGUCCUGGUGGAGCUGGGGUAUCCAAGAUUUAUCCAUGGAGGCCCUCGAGCGAACAAGAAGGGGCAGCUGGCUGUUGUCACAGUAUGGAGAUCAAGAUCUUCCCCAGUCCCAAUGUACAGAGCAAGAUCCAGCGUCGACAGGAGACUAAUGUUGUCGUCGUUGGUGGUGGACUUUCGUCUGCACAGAUUGUCGAUAUGGCUGUUCGAAAGGGUGUGACGAAGGUGUGGUUUUUGAUGAGAUCAGGCUUGAAGGUAAAACACUUCGACAUCAGUCUACCAUGGAUGGGCAAGUACAAGAACUGGGAAAAAGCAGCAUUCUGGUCUGCCGACACAGACGAAGGCAAGUUCAUAGGGAAACCAACACUAAACUCCUAA